GGUUCAAAAAAAAAGCUUGUUCGUUGUCAAUGGAGGAGGAGGAGGAAGAAAACGAGAGAAGAAUUAGAGACAUUUGGCAAGCGAUUGCGAUUGUGUUUACGAAGUUAGAGGAUGUUAAGGAUUUGGCUUCUGCGUCAUUGGUGAGCAAAGAGUGGUACGACCGUACGAAGCUCAUUGUACGAUUAGGUCUGAGGCCACCGUCAUUUUUGAAACACGGCGCUACUCCGGCGAAGUUGAGCGCGCGUUAUCCUAAUUUGAAGGAAAAUUGUGUCAUUUCAGGUAUCAGAGUGCUUAUUAUCGGAAGAGAAGGAUGGUAUGAGAAGGCAAUCAAGAUUUAUGAAGACAUGGCACGCCAUUCACUCAACAAUAAGUUGCUUAAGUAUGGAGUUAAAUGCCAUCUUCUCACUGCUGGCAUGUGCCACUUAUGCAAAGCUGAUGUUGUUUCCAUCACUAAUGCACUGGAGAAAUAUCAGGAUCUGGAUCCGACUUUUUCAGGAACACGGGAAUGCAAGUUCUUAGCGGACCUUGCUUCUGCUAUCGAUGAAGAAGACAUUGCAAAGUUCACAGACGUUUCCAAGGAAUUUGAUAGCGUGACUCCACUGGAUGCAUGGAAGACAACAAUGUUGUUGAGGGUGAAAGAGAAGUUCACCUGGGAGAGGCUAUAGGUAUGAGAGAUUUGAAUAGUGAUCAAUCCUCGGGAAAGCCAUGACAGUAACUCUUUGAUGGAAUCUUCAAGGACACUGGGCUGGUGGAUCCUGUAGCCGCCCCAGUAAAGACCAUGAACCGUC